AUGGAUAUUGAGGAAGAAAAGAAGGUGUUGGACGUUGGGGUGUCUGAAGAGAGUGCUGGGAGGUGUAUUGAGUUGAAGAAUUUGGAAGGAGAUGAUGUUUUCGAGGAAGCUAUAGAUCCGGUUAAACAUUUAAGUGAUCAGGUUGAUGAUAUUGUUGGUGAAGGCGAUGUUGCUGUUACUGUUAGUGCAUUGCCUUUGGUUUUGGUUGAUGAAAUUCAUGAUAAUGUGGACGAACUUGAUAACUUUCAAGAUGCAAUUGAGGUUGUUGAAAUUUUGAAGGGUGAAAAGGAAGUUGAAGUGGUUGCUAAUCAGGAUGUGCUUGAGGAUCCGGGUUUGGAAAGUAGUAGUGGAAAGGAAAUUGCUGAUUUAAGCAAUGGUGGAAGUAUGGUUUUUCAGGAGGCUGGAGAUUUGGUGAAUGGAAACUCUGGUUUAUUGGGUGGGAAGGAUGAAAAUGAGGAUCUUGAGUUCAUGACUCCCAAACAAAAUGGUGGUAUGCUUUUUGGAAAUGGGAGCAUAGACAAGAUUCAUACAGAAUCUGGGUCUGAUGAGGAUAUCAGAAACCAGGGUGCUGAUGCUGGCUUGGAUCCCAAUCUUAGGGAUGACAAAAUAGAGGAACAGUGUAAUGCUUCUCGCGAACGUUAUGGUGAAAUUCAAAAUGAUUUAUAUGAAAAUGCAUCCGGACAUUCAUCUCACGGGGAUUUAGAACCUAAUGAUGAAAUAUUUAAAGAAAUGAAUGAUGAGACCAUUGGCACUGAUAUUAGCCACGGAGGUUUAGAACGUAAUGGUGAAAUAUUUAUAGACAUGGAUGAUGAGACCAUUGGCACUGAUAUUAGCCACGGGGUUACGAAUGGGAAAGAAAUGGGAAUAUCUCAUAUUCAGAAGACUGAAUGCAAAGAUUAUGGUAAUGAGGAAACUAAGGAUGAUGAUGCUGGAUCAAGUUUAGAGCAUCUGGAAACAAUUGGUGAAACAGGAGGCUUUUCUCCGGUUGUAGAUGAAAGAAAAGUGAUUGAAACUGUUGGAAGCUCAUCCCUAUUAGAAAAUUCUUUUGCUACUGAGAUGCCGGCUGUGCAGACUACUGCAACUAAUUCAGAAGAAGAAAGCAUGGAUGUUUACAGAUCUAAGGUUUCUAAAGAAGAAAGUCAAGGAAAUAAUGAAAACUUAUCUGUUGUUGGGGAACCUAAAAAGAUACUUGAGAAUAAGCCGAAAGAGAAACAAACGACUCAGAUCACUAAAGAACAGAAUAGUGAGUUUGUUUCAUCAUCUGGAAAAUCUGUUGCUACUAGCACCCCUCUUGUUCAUCCUGCUGGCCUCGGAUCUGGAGCUCCAUUAUUGAAACCUGCUCCCCGAGUAGUGCAUCAAUCGCGGGCGAAUUAUACUGUAUCUAAUACGCAGUCCCAAAAAAUGGAAGAUUCUUCAACUGUGGAGGCUGGGGAGUAUGACGAGACUCGAGAAAAACUUCAAAUGAUUAGGGUCAAGUUUUUGCGGCUAGCUAAUAGGUUCGGGCAGACUCCCCACAAUGUUGUUGUGGCACAAGUUUUGUAUAGAUUAGGACUGGCUGAACAACUCAGAGGGAGGAAUGGGGGCCGUGUCGGCGCUUUUAGCUUUGAUCGUGCUAGUGCAAUGGCCGAGCAACUUGAAUCAGCGGGUCAAGAACCACUUGAUUUCUCUUGUACAAUAAUGAUUAUUGGAAAGACUGGAGUUGGAAAAAGUGCAACUAUCAAUUCUAUCUUUGAUGAAGUUAAAUUUAAUACUGAUGCUUUUAAUAUGGGAACAAAAAAGGUUCAGGAUGUUGUGGGAACAGUACAGGGCAUUAAAGUCCGAGUCAUUGAUACACCAGGACUUCUACCUUCCUGGUCAGACCAGCGACAUAAUGAGAAGAUCUUGCACUCUGUCAAGCGCUUUAUUAAGAAAUCACCACCUGAUAUUGUGCUGUAUCUUGAUAGAAUAGAUACGCCGAGCCGGGAUUUCAGUGAUAUGCCACUCUUACGCACGAUUACUGACAUUUUUGGACCAUCCAUAUGGUUCAAUGCUAUUGUGGGUUUGACUCAUGCAGCAUCUGCACCACCUGAUGGCCCUAAUGGUACUCCUUCCAGUUAUGACAUGUUUGUCACACAGCGCUCUCAUGUUGUGCAGCAAGCCAUUCGUCAAGCGGCUGGUGAUAUGCGCCUCAUGAAUCCUGUAUCGUUGGUGGAGAACCACUCUGCAUGCCGAAUCGAUACGUCCGGCCAAAGAGUGUUGCCUAAUGGUCUGGUUUGGAAACCACAUCUGUUACUCUUAUCUUUUGCAUCAAAAGUUCUGGCUGAAGCAAAUGCUCUUCUUAAGUUACAAGAUAGUCCACCGGAAAAGCACUACACAGCUCGCACAAGAGGGCCACCAUUACCAUAUCUUCUUUCAUCCCUUCUGCAGUCAAGACCGCAGUUAAAGUUGCCUGAGGAGCAAUUCAGUGAUGAGGACAGUCUCGAUGACGGUCUUGAUGAGCCAUCAGAUUCUGGUGAUGAAACAGACCCUGAUGACUUACCGCCAUUUAAACCUUUGACAAAGGCCCAGAUCAGAAACCUUUCUAAAGCUCAGAAGAAAGCAUAUCUAGAUGAGAUUGAGUACCGAGAAAAGCUUUUUAUGAAGAAACAACUAAAGGAUGAGAAAAAACAACGAAAGAUAAUGAAGAAAAUGGCAGAAUCGUUAAAAGACCUGCCAAGUGAUUAUAGUGAAAAUGCCGAGGAAGAAAUUGGUGGUGCAGCUUCUGUUCCUGUUCCCAUGCCAGAUAUGUCCUUGCCCGCUUCCUUUGAUUCUGAGACUCCCACUCACCGGUAUCGUUUUCUUGAUUCAUCCAACCAGUGGCUUGUAAGACCUGUCCUAGAAACUCAUGGCUGGGAUCAUGAUGUGGGUUAUGAAGGCUUAAAUGUAGAGAGAUUGUUUGUUCUUAAAAGCAAGUUACCCUUGUCUUUUAGUGGUCAAGUUACCAAGGAUAAAAGGGAUGCUAAUGUUCAGAUGGAAAUAGCCAGUUCAGCUAAGUAUGGAGAAGGGAAAGCAACUUCGUUAGGUUUUGAUAUGCAGACAGUUGGAAAAGACUUUGCUUACACAUUGCGCAGUGAGACAAAAUUUUGUAAUUUUAGAAGAAAUAAAGCAACUGCGGGUCUCUCAUUUACUCUCUUGGGUGAUGCGUUGUCAGCUGGAGUCAAAGUCGAAGACAAGUUGAUUGCUAAUAAGCAAUUUGAGGUUGUUAUUGCUGGUGGUGCAAUGACAGGGCAUGAUGAUGUUGCUUAUGGUGGCAGUUUGGAGGCCCGCUUGAGAGAUAAAAAUUACCCUCUAGGACGCUCUUUAUCAACGCUUGGGCUUUCCGUUAUGGAUUGGCAUGGAGAUCUUGCUGUUGGGUGCAACUUACAAUCACAAAUUCCCAUUGGACGGUAUACAAACCUUGUUGCACGAGGCAAUUUGAACAAUCGUGGGGCUGGACAGAUAAGCAUUCGAUUAAAUAAUUCAGAACAGCUUCAAAUUGCUUUGAUUGGUCUCAUCCCUCUACUUAAGAAGAUUGUUGGUUAUUCUCAACAAUUGGAGUUUGGACAAUGA